AUAUUUAAGUGACCGGCAGGGUUUCUCCUCAUACCAGCCUUUCUUCUCUUUGUGGACAAGAUCACUGGCGUCACAUCACAUCACCAUCAUCCAGGAUGACUAGCCAAGACCCGGAGGCCAAGUCCAACCUGGAAAACGCCAUGCAGCUGAUGAUCCAGACGUUUCACAAGUACUCGGGAAACGAGGGCGACAAGUACACUCUGAGUCGCGCAGAGUUGAAGGAGAUGCUCACGCAGGAGCUGGGCAAUUAUCUCGGGAACGCCCAAGACAAAGACGCAGUGGAGAAAGUGAUGAACGACCUGGAUGCCAACAACGACGGCGAGGUCGACUUCACUGAGUUCAUCAUCCUGGUGGGUGCCCUCACAGUCGCCUGCAAUGACUUCUUCCUGGAGUAUCACAAAGACGACAACAAACCGGGCGAAAAAAACUAGUGUGUUUCAAUAGCUCACCUAAUUACGUCACGGAAACGUUGCGGAAGGUGGUGACGGGUAUUUGUUUUGGUCAGGGGAAUUCCCACAUUCACCUCUCCCAUCUAGAUGCAAUACACCCAUUACCAGUUAAAGACGUGCCUCUUUUCUCAUGCUACCAGAGGGUUUUUUUUUUUGAUUCAGUAAAUAUCAAACGAACACUUUGUUUUGCUGUAAAAUGUUCAAAGCUGCACGCAAGUACGUUCAUUGCUGCAUGUGACUGUGCUUCCCAAUUCGUUUCCUUCAUUUUGUAGCCAUUUUUCGGUUGAUGGAACUUUUCCAAUCUAAAGAAAAAAGAAAACGUUGUAAUUUUGGUCUUGUCCAAGUCAUGUACGUGGAAAGUAUAAUGUCCUAUGGUACAUAAGUGAUUAAACAUAUAACCAGUUCUGAAGUUUCUUUUUUUUUCCACAUAUACCCAAUGGAGUACUGAGCUAAUUAUUAUUCAGACAAGACCAAAACAAUCUCCUCCACUCAUGGUGUCCGUUUAAUGUCCGAGCAAUAAAUGGAUAGUGACUGUCAGUAUUUCGCGGGAAUGGUUUGGAUGGGUUUCUCACGGCAUGUUAAACUCGCGUCUUCGCGUGCCUACCGUUUGGAGAGAAUGCGUUCACGUUAUUCUAGCGUAAUUUCCGACCAGUUUAAAGAUUAAAAGUACACCGAUUAAAUUUCCCGUGACCCAGCACUAGAAGCGGUAAGAAGAUGGAUGGAUGGAUCUAUGGAUGAUUAAAUUUCACAGUAUUCCCUU